CGUGCGAUACGUAAUGACAAGCUGAUGGCCUCGUUCGUCUGGUUGCUGGCGGCUUGCUGCCUCCGAGCCGUCGCCGCUGGCAAUCCUGACGCCAAACGCCUAUACGACGAUCUGUUGUCUAACUACAACAAACUAGUGAGGCCUGUAGUCAACACAACGGAUGUGCUUCGAGUCUGCAUUAAGCUUAAAUUGAGCCAACUUAUCGAUGUCAAUCUGAAGAACCAGAUUAUGACAACAAACCUAUGGGUGGAGCAGUCCUGGUAUGACUACAAACUACGGUGGGAGCCCCGGGAGUAUGGCGGGGUCCACAUGCUUCAUGUACCUUCAGAUCACAUCUGGAGACCAGACAUCGUACUUUAUAACAAUGCCGACGGCAACUUCGAGGUAACGCUGGCAACGAAGGCGACCAUCUACCACAUGGGGCUGGUGGAAUGGAAGCCACCAGCAAUUUACAAGUCCUCCUGCGAAAUCGACGUUGAAUAUUUUCCGUUCGACGAGCAAACGUGCGUCCUAAAGUUCGGUAGCUGGACGUACGACGGAUUCAAGGUGGACCUUCGGCACAUGGAUGAGCAAACGGGGAGCAACAUCGUCUCUGUGGGAGUCGAUCUGUCAGAAUUCUACAUGUCUGUUGAAUGGGAUAUUCUUGAAGUGCCUGCUGUUAGGAACGAAAAGUUCUACACCUGCUGUGACGAGCCUUACCUGGACAUCACGUUCAACAUCACCAUGAGGCGAAAGACUCUCUUCUACACUGUGAACAUCAUCAUACCAUGCAUGGGCAUCUCAUUUUUAACCGUUCUCACAUUUUACCUGCCUUCAGAUAGUGGAGAAAAGGUAACGUUAUCAAUAUCAAUACUCAUCAGUCUUCACGUGUUCUUCCUUCUGGUUGUGGAGAUCAUACCUCCAACCUCUCUGGUGGUACCUCUUUUGGGAAAAUACCUCAUCUUCGCCAUGAUCCUGGUAUCCAUUAGUAUAUGUGUAACUGUGGUUGUGCUGAAUGUCCACUUCCGGUCGCCACAAACUCACCGAAUGGCGCCGUGGGUCAAACGAGUGUUCAUACACAUCCUUCCAAGACUGCUCUUCAUGAAGCGACCUCAGUACAAGUUCGAUACUACAAGAUCUCGCUUUACAACAUGCGGUGUUGUCGUCCGCUGUGGGGGUACAGCAAAACCUCUUUAUCCGUACCGACUCGCGGCGGCUGAUGAUGACUGCUGUGCUCCAGGGGCAUGGCCCCCACCUGCCACGCCCCUAAGACCCCUCACGAGGACCCCGAGUAAAGAGGACCUCACGCAUACUACAUAUGUUCAGUCUGGGGUUAGUGACAGCAAUCGUUUCGGUGGAAGCUGCGUGGUCCACGGAUCCACGGAGGGCGGAGUACUAGGGGCUCCUGAAGAGGAGGCUCUAAGCCCAGUACCGGAUCCCCCACCAGGCUUCAGCCACUCCUCCUGCCCGCCUGAAGUGCAUAAGACAUGCUUUUGUGUGCGUUUUAUCGCAGAACACACAAGGAUGCUAGAAGAUUCUACUAAGGUAAAAGAAGAUUGGAAAUAUGUCGCGAUGGUGUUGGAUAGAUUAUUCUUAUGGAUAUUCACUCUGGCGGUUCUCGUUGGAACAGCGGGGAUCAUUCUGCAAGCCCCGACGCUAUACGACGACAGAGUGCCAAUAGACAAGCAUUUUAACCAAAUCGCCACUUCCACUCUUGUGAGGUGUCCACCGCCAACGUAAAUGUGAAAUGUGAUGCAGGAAUACGCCAUGGAUUGCUUUAAUAAAUACAAUUUCAUAAUAUAGCAAAUUCUAAUCUGUUAGUGAUACAUGUACUUGUUAAGCAAAAAUUACACCGAAUUAAAAAAUGUUUAUCUUACAGAGGCAGGAAUUAAUUUAUGAGACAAAUUUAAGUAUAAAAAUCCAACGUCCAAUCAAAUUGACUAAUAAAGCGUGUUGUCGUAGUCUUGCAAGCAAGAAACAAAACUUUCAUUUCAGAAGCUUAGAUUUCUUUAUAGGUUUUAGUUUAGGGAAGUAAGAGGUUGUGGAACAUAAAUAGAAUUCGAUGUCAGUCCCAUAUUAUGUUAUGAAUAUCUUUUAUAUGUUCUGGCUUCUGUGGCGUAGUCUUGUAGGAGAUCGGAAUAGAACCAAAAACCAUGUCCACACCGUCCCUCGUGUUCUAUUCCACGACAUUUUAAAUCUAUCAUACUCUGAUUGUCUUGCAAUUUAAAUAGUCUCACAAUUAUAAUUAACUUUUAUUAUGGAAAUUAAUGUAGGUAAUUUUUAUAGAAUUGUCUUUGAGAAUUUAAUUUAUUAAAAUUCCUUUACAUAUAGCUGACUUCAAUAUGCAAUAUAUACGUAUCUGGGUUCAUCAUCAGAUCUUGAAAAUCAUUGGGCAGACAAGAAAAAAGCCAUUUUGGUACAGACAUUACGCCGCACAUUAAGGCGCAAUUAAUUGAUAGCCGUCCAUGGACGCACUGCAGGAAGUUCGAGAAUAUUCUACGAAUCUAGAUUCGUAGAAUAUUCUCGGGACACUAGAAAAUUUUCUAGAACCUUCCUUGUUGAAGUCGGCUAACAUAAAAUUAUUUAUUUCGGUUUAUUAAUAAUCAAUACUCUUGAGAUAAAUGUAGUUGUUUCUUCAAUUUGUACUUUUACCUAAGUAGUUUUUUCUCCUUAAUAUUCAUAAAAAUAUAAUAUUACCUCAUAAGCAAUAAUUAAACAGCUGCCCUUAUACAAAUAUUCCUAAUAAUCAUAUAUUAUUAACAGCCGUACAGUCCUCUAUUUAAUAGUCAGACUAAUCUCCAAUUCUUACCUAUAAUAUAUCUAGAGAAUGAAGCCACAAUUGACUAAUGCUACGACUUCCUACAUGUUAAAUACGUUUUUGUCAUAUGGAAGUUUAUAGUUGCAACGUCUUGGUCUCUCUUGGCCCCAACAACG